AUGCUGUUUUUUCUCUCCUUUCUUCUCCUUUUGGGUGCCUGUGAGGCAACCCUAAAUCAAAAUCCGCUUCGCGAGGGGUCGCCCUGUCCGCCCUGUCCUUCGCCUUCGCCCUCGCCCCUGAACUGGACCUUCAUGCAGCACGGCGUGGAUCUGUUCUUCACAAAGUAUAUCUGGUCCGCUGUGGGAGCAGUUGUCGUCGUUCUGUUCGCUAAUCUGGUCGUCCAGAUUCUCGAACGAGUCAGCCAGGAGUAUAUGUGGUCUGCGCAGGUGAGCUCGGCGGACCAAACAGCCGCCCGCAAGCAAUGA